AUGGCCUUCUGGUAUCUUCAACUGUUCUUUCUUCUUUCUGUUUCAGGUGCAAAGGCGACUGUGUUUACACUGAAUAACAACUGCCGGAAAACGAUAUGGCCUGGUAUCCAACCAAGUGCCGGCAAACCAGACUUAGAAGCUGGUGGGUUCCCGCUAAAACCAGGAGAAACAGUAAGCAUCUCGGCACCGGCUGCGUGGUCAGGCCGUUUCUGGGGUCGACGCAGUUGCUCCUUCGAUCCUUCCGGCAAAGGUAGCUGCAUCACAGGCGAUUGUGGGGGCUUGUUAGCAUGCUCAGGGAUGGGCGGUGCACCACCAGUGACGCUGGCCGAGUUCACCCUCAACAGCCCGGACGACUACUACGAUAUUAGCCUCGUUGAUGGCUACAACAUGGCCGUCUCUAUUACACCAUCGGGUGGCUCCGGCGAGUGCAAGCCGGCAAGAUGUGUGUCAGAUUUGAACCAGAUCUGCCCUACGAACCUGCAAGUUAAGAGGAAGAAGCGGGUGGUAGCAUGCGAGAGCGCGUGCAUGGCGUUCAACCGCCCGGAGUAUUGUUGCACUGGGGAUUAUAGCAGUCCGGAUAAGUGCAAACCAACGAAUUACUCGCGAGUGUUCAAGGCUGCUUGCCCUAGCGCGUACAGCUACGCCUAUGAUGAUCAGUCGAGCCUUCGUACAUGCAAUGGAGCCAAUUAUCUGAUUAAAUUUUGUUAA